UUACAGUUACGAGGGUCAAGGGAGCGAGGUCCCGCAUGCCUCUGCAGGAGAUACCUCAACCCAAGACGACAUGGAGCGAAGUUUCUUCAAUCCUCCAGAUCCAUCCUUAUCUCAAUAGUUGUUCCGGCGGCUCGGGAUUCCUUUUCACGCUGCUUGGGUCCUGUCUGCAUACUGCCUCCGACGCGCGAAGUCUCUGAACUCUUCGCAGAAAGUUUGAGCAUCGGCUUAACCUAAUCUCGACCCAUGUCCAAUUCAGCCACACACAUCCUUGUGUGAUAUCCUACAUGAGUAUAAAACUUGCGAAUGAAGCAUGCUUUGGGAAGCACAGCUUAGAACCCCAAAAAGCGAACCCCAAAGAAUACUCUACGUCCCUGUCUGUCAGAGCCUAAACUGCACGCGCGGUACGGGGAUGUUUAGCGAUUCAUAGCGGCAGUAGUGAAGGAGGAGUUGAAACUACACCGAGGUUUUUGAAAAGUGGCGGGCCGGUGUGGUUGGAUGCUGACACUUCGGUUGUAGGACACCAUCGGCAGAUAUGUGCGGAUAAAAGAGCGGGGUACAUGCGUCUGCAGCUUGACGGCUCCAUCAAAAUUAUUAGCGCAGGAAAUUGGCAGGUGGGAGGGAGAAUCAGGUCGUUAAGCCUGCUCCUUCGAGGCUCCGUUCACAUCAUCACUAGAAGCUCAGUUUCUCCAGCUACACAAGCCUCUGACGUCCGGAGGUCUUGCGGAUGCUUUGAAGGUUAGAGCUCAGGAAUGGAGAUGGUUGUUGUUGUGGUGGAGAAGAGGGCCAGUGUCUGGUGAAUCCGUUCACAGGUUUCGUGUUUCGGGCAAGUGCGGGUGAAUGUCAUUGUAGUGAGGAUUUUGUGUGGUUGGGGGAGAGGUUGGUGAGUCUAGUUGUUGAAGACUGUGAGGGUGUUCCGAUGGUGUCGGCAGCUCAUGUAAGUUGGAGAACGUAACUAACAGCGAGACGAAUGGUCACAGAUUCUAGGUCUUGGUGUGGUAUGGUGAGAGAUUGGUUUCGUGAUCUGGAGGGUAUUGUAACUUACAGUUGAAGAGGUGGAGAUUUUGGUGGGGAGUUCGUGGGCGUUUCGAUGAAUAUUGAAGAUCGGGAAUGAGGGUGCUAAGUAGCGUUUCUCCGAGUUUCAGAAUCGUAGACUGUUGUUAAUGUUGUCAGGGGCUUUACCGUUUGCAAGGAUGUUGUUUAAUAGGUCUGAUUUCGACUACAUAGAAUCGCAUUCAAGUGGGUCUAUAUUUGCAGGGUGUGAAGUAAGAGUUUUGCAGAAGUAGAAGAAGAGAUAGUUACCUCUUCUUCGAGUCUGGUAACCAAUUCAAAUUAUGCAACUCUUUCUCUUUGUCUCCAGGGUUCGCGAGGUGUACUUCGGGCCAAAUUUCAAGUCAGCACUACUUGUGAACAUCUUGAGGCCAAAUCAAAAGGCAAUUGAGAAGAGUAUUAAAUUUGGCGAUCUCAGCUCCACUGAAUUGGAACGCUGCACCCUCCACAGUGGAUAACACAGGGAGGUUGUAAAGGAGUCUGGGUUAACUGGUGAUUGUGAGAUUUGCUUCAAUCUCAUUACGGCACCGGUCUCCACGCAUCCCAUCAAGAAUAUUUAUGAACAAGCAGUUAUUCUUCUUUGAGACGUUUAACGAAGGAAAGAUGGGUGGUGAAGCAGACACUUCUGCGUUUUUUCAAGCUGAAAGAAAUUUUAGAUGCCAAUGCUACUGAGGUUAGUUUGAGGGAUAAAUUAAGCUGGCUUCCUAUGACACUUCCGAGGCCUUAGGUCUGUGAGAUUGGCAAAGGUUGCUCAGAAUGGGAACAUGCAUGUCGACCGAGGAUGGGAUGACCAAUGUAGGAAGGAGGCAGCCGGUAAUGGCAAGGAAUCAGCUGAGGCAUGUAAAGAAGAGAGAUAAGGAAGCUUUGACAAUCGAGGGGCAGAGAGACUUACUUCUGGCUUUGACGCCCGGACGAAUGUUUCGUAUUGGUGCCAGCGGCUCUGCAUGUACACACACACAGCAGGGCCGAAAGGGAUGUAAUCAAGAUGCUAUGCUAGUUUGGGAGAAGUUUGCAUCAAUGAAUGACACCGUAUUUUGUGGAGUUUUCGAUGGCCACGGACCUUUUGGUCAUUUGGUGGCGAGGCGAAUACGGGAUUCCCUUCCCUCGAAACUGGUAGCCUUUUGGCAUGACAAACUAACAUCCAUAGAAAAAAUCGAAGGCAGCGAAAUGGAGGCGCUUGGCAAUGGCGAAAGCACACAUACUGACCACGAGUCGAAUCUGAGUACUUCUCGCGAAUUAAGUUCGGAGGAAUUUCUGGGAAAGCCAGUCAGGGUGCCUCCCCCUAUGUUUGAGCCUUGGAGGGAGUCGCAUCUGAAGGCCUUCGAAGAAAUGGAUAAAGAAUUGCGUACUCAUCCUGCCAUCGACUCUCUUUACAGCGGAUCAACAACAGUUACAGUUCUCAAGCAGGGACAACAUCUUGUAGUUGGAAAUGUAGGUGAUUCCCGAGCAAUAAUGGGAACUCUAGAUGACAAUGGUAGCUGGAAAGCUGCUCAGUUGACAGUUGAUUUGAAGCCCAGCCUUCCUAAAGAAGCUGAAAGAAUCAGGAAGUGCUCGGGCCGUGUGUUCGCUCUUCACGACGAGCCUGAGAUCAUGAGGGUGUGGCUGCCAUUUGAGGAUUCCCCUGGGUUAGCCAUGGCUAGGGCGUUUGGUGAUUUCUGCCUUAAAGAUUAUGGCGUGAUAGCUGUUCCCGAAAUCACUUACUGUCAAGUGACAGAUCGUGACAAAUUUAUCAUCCUUGCAACUGAUGGAAUUUGGGAUGUGUUAAGCAACGAGGAAGCGGUACAAAUCAUAGCAACUGCACCUACGCGUGCUACAGCAGCCAGGUCCUUGGUGGAGUCUGCAGUUCGGGUGUGGCGUCUGAAGUACCCUGCAUCCAAAGUAGAUGAUUGUGCUGUUGUGUGCCUUUACCUGGACCGUGCUACUGAUGAAGACAUGUUUACAGAGGCCUCCGCCCUUAUGAGUAAAGAGAGUCUACCAACAAGCCUAUUGAUAACACCCCAAAAUCAAUCUGAUGUUGGAGUAGAGUGUGUUAGCAUGACCACACCGGUGCAGGAAAUCAGAAAAAUAGAUUUGAGCUCGGGAAAAUCUCAAGAUGCUGGGGUCCAAGAGAUAGGGGAAACACUCAACAGUGAGGAGGAAAACGGUAGUGACCAUACUGACUCGAAACGCCACCGAAGCUUGGAUGACUGUUUGCAUACAGAUGUAGGGGGAUGGAGUGCUUUAGAUGGGGUUACACGUGUUAAUUCUAUUUUGAACCUGCCAAGAUUUCCUGAUGAUGCUAGUCAAUCCGAGAUGCCUUAAAUGAAGAAUCUGUGACGCAUUAUGUGUCGUCUUCCCUCCAUAAGGCUACAUGGCUCUAUACCCACCCAAGUAUUCUGAGUUAGAAACAAUCUCUUCCAUGGCCUAGAUUCAGCUAAUCUACUUAAUUGCCAUUAGCUGAACUAUCUGGCAAUAGGCUAUCUGACUGAACAAUAAAUAGUACAAGAAAGCCUAAGUUUAACAUGCAGAGGUCUGCCCCAUGUUUCUCGUUGGCGUUCGGUGCCCUACGAUCUAUCUCCGGACAAUAGCUUAUUAUACACAUUAUUGAUAUCAGAAUGUUCUUUCACGUUUCAGCAGAGGUAGAGACAUCCUCAAGUCGAAUCUGGCGACCGAAGCGAUAAUAUUGCUCGACAUGGGUCACACAUGUUGACAGUGAUAGCACGCUCCGUGACCUGGUUGCAUCGGAUCGUGGAGGCUGAAUAACUGGUUCAGUAUUUCUUUUCACACAAUUCAAGGUUUGCUGGUCAUUCAACGUUUUAUACAUUCUUAAAAAUUUGUAGUUGUUACAAAGUGUAGUUGGUCUUUCUACUUAGAGGAUUCUACAAUGCAGGGUUGGGUGGAUGUUCUUGCCCAUUUUGAAAUGACAGGGAAAAGUAGAUAAACUGAAUCUAGAGAUUUCAAGAUUUGAGUAGUUCAAAUUUGCAACUCAAAAGUUGCAAUCACUUCUUCUUUUUUUAAAUUUUUUAUCAAUAUAAAGGUCAAUAGAUGGAAGUUCACUAGUUUUUUUUAGUA